UAAACAACCGGACCAGACACCACGGCAGGUGCGGGGAUCGCUCAGAGGGGAGGAAAGAGAGCCAGGAGAGGAGAGGAGUCAUGCCGGCCCAGCUUGGACUUAAUUCUGCUCUUAAAUAUUCGGUAUGGACAAAAUGGGACUCAUGUUCACCAAGCAACGGAAUUCAGAGACGGUUGUGCCCACAUCGUUACAGAGACCUGCCCUAACAUCCCGGUUCAAGCACUCAGCAGGUGGUCCAUGUUCUAAGCUGUCAGCGCAAGACUCUGGAAAGUUGAGAGGAAGUGGACUCUGAGACUCUGUCUCUAAUGAUGCUUGGUGCUCAAACUCAGUCAAGGUGGACUCUGUUUCCCAAAUUGUAGCCUCCACCCCUCAACUACUGUGCUGUGACCCAGGAGGAAACCGGGAGAGGUCAAUGAAAACGGUAGUCUCCCAGGAAAAUCGGGUGGAUUGUCAUGGGCGCCGUUUAGGAAUGGACAUGGAGGGAGUCCUUCCUCUAGCUGUCUCACUGGGUCUGAGGACAUGAUCAGAGCACGAAGCACAAACGCAUCUGCUAUGGACGUACUGACAGACUGGAAUGGACUAACACUGUGAAGGUAACGUUACGUUUUCUCUGACGUGAGGACUCUUCCUGCUCUGUAUACCAACAUGGGGAACAGGUUAUCAGAUCAUCAUCACUGGCUCUUCCCCUGCCUGCCAUCCUUCCAACCUCUCCACAUUGUCAUCCUAGGACUGGACUGUGCUGGGAAGACCACUGUACUGUACCGCCUGCGUUUCAAUGAGUUUGUGAACACUGUCCCAACUAAGGGUUUUAACACAGAGAAGAUCAAAGUGUCACUCAGAGGCACCCAGCGGACAGUAUCCUUCCACUUCUGGGAUGUGGGUGGUCAGGAGAAACUACGGCCUCUCUGGCGCUCUUACACACGUUGUGCUGAUGGUAUUGUGUUCGUGGUGGACUCAGUGGAUGCUGAGCGCAUUGAGGAGGCCAAGAUAGAGCUGCACAAGAUCACGCGGCUGGUGGACAACCAGGGCGUGCCAGUUCUGGUGGUGGCAAACAAACAGGACCUGAGGAACUCGCUCAGCCUAGCUGAGAUGGAAAGCAUGCUGGCUCUGGGCGAGCUCAGCACCGCUACAUCCUGGCACCUUCAGCCUGCUUGUGCUAUCAUCGGUGAGGGACUGCAGGAAGGUGUCGAGAAGCUGCACGCCAUGAUCACAAAGAGGAGCAAGAUGCUACGUCACCAGAAGAAGAAGAAGAGAUGAUGUGCUGACAAGGAACUAUAAAAAGUGAGCUACAUCUAAAGCUGCAUAAGAACUACUGUGAGUUGCGUACUGUCUGCUGGUCCAUUGUGACAAGUCGUUCAGUUGCCGUCUGAAGUCUGCUAAACGACUGAGCUGAUUUUGAUCCUUCCAGUUGAACUGUUUGUUCAGGUCAGCCAGAGUGUGGCUGCCUCAGAGGACAGUGGGAUUGAUUUUGCCCUGUGGACUUUGGAUGCCAGCAAUCCUGUCAACAACAAGCGAUUCUAAAGGAAGUCCAGUGUUGUGCUAUACAGCAGCAAGGAUGAAGUUUACACCAAACUCAUUAAAGCGGACAAUGAGCUGACUUGUCUAUUUUAUGUUGUUUGUUAAAAUAUGUGCUGCUUAUCUGUUCAAAAACAAUCAGUCUUUAUAUUUUUAUUGUACCAAAGCUUAAUUGUGUUGAGAUUGCAGACAGGACUGUAUUAGUGUAUAUAAAGAAUAAUGGUUCACGAAGAACAGGAUGCACAAUGGCCCUAAACAUGUAAACACUAUUGGAAUAGCUGUUAAUGAUAGAAACAAUUAUUAAGUUGUUUGGUAGUGUGCCAAAUGAUGAGACAUGAAAAGCGAAGAUAUUGUGGGCACAGCCACCCCGAUGGCAGAAGAUUAGGUGAAGGCUUCUUUCUAUCAGGCGGAUUACAUACUGUCCCAUAUUAGCUAAUUGCAGAUACAUCAGUAUCAGUAUAUUUGUAACAAGUAAUGUCAGUACAGAUAUGCCAAAGAUAUGAUUCAGGAACUGAAACAUAAAAUGUUUAUGUUAAAAAGUGACAUCUCAUCAUCUGAUAUAUUGUUAUUGGAUUUUUUAACUGACAAAUAUUGUCAUCACCCUCAAAAAUCCAGUAUUGGUUCUGCUAUGUUGUUUAUUGUAUUCUAGCGGUAAAAGCUGUCAUCCACUCUCUGUUGCUUGUUACUAGUUAUCUAACAUUGGUGGAAUGUUUGCUUGCUAGUAAGGCUGAGUAUCAUUUGAAAAAUAUCAAUAAUAGUGCCAAUACAAUGACUAAGUUUCAAAACUUGCCCCUGUUGUUGCCAAUGAUUUGGCUAUUGUGCUUGGUACAUACUGUAUUAUAGUCCCUUUAUUCUUGUCAGAUUCUCAGUUCACUGGCUUAUCUUUCACGAAGGACCAUCCUCAGUUCGCUAGUAAGCAUGCUGAACUGAACGUUCGGCCUUGUUUUAGUUCAGUGAAUGGGAGUACAAUGUCAGAGCUCCAGUCGAGCACUAAAUAACUCAGUGAACACGUCUUUUGAACAAAUAUUUUUAAUGAACUAAUACUAAUGAUUCCAUACCCUGAAAAGGACAGCUUUGCCCAUCACUACUCACCAGGUCGAAGCCUAGUGGAACAUCUAUGUAAAACAAUGUUCUUCACCAUCAUCUCCAUUAGAUCUGAUUUUUGUUGUGUGUUCUUGCACUUUUUACAUAUUAAUUUGUUGUACAUGUGAUUGUUUGUUGCCAAACCUCUUCAACACUACUGAAGUCGCCUUUUUGCAACAACAGCAAUGUUACUUUCGCUUUCAGCCAAGCUUGUUGUUGCAGUGUGUAACGGAAUAACAUCAUUACGUCAAGAUGGAAUAUUUCCAUUAUCACUAUUAAUUUUUUUAUCAUAUAAAAAUAUGAUAUGACGCACCCCUAAUAUACACGAUAUAAAGUAUGUGGGUUUGUUGUCAGGUGUUGCUCUUCCACUCUGUAUUCAUAUUUAUGUGUUUGAUCCACUUUGCUCACUUGGAAUAAAGCAAUAAAAGGACGGUGAUGUAGCUGGUGUUUUGUUUGUUACUCUUAUCAGUGUAGCUGCUGAUCAGAGCACAGUGCACCAGGCUGUAGGUUCUCCACUCUGGUUUGUUUGCUAAGGAGAAAGAAAAGGGAUUGGAGAAGGGCUGAGUGUCCGUGGCGUAAAACCCAUCUUGAUACUUCCAAAAAUCGUUUAAUCAGUUAUAACUCAGAAAUUAGAAACGCAAGUUUAAUAGUUUAAAAUAUAAUAAAUAAUAAUACACAUUAAUA